AUGGCUACGGCCACACCACUGGCUAGUUCCAGUUCACUUGGAAAUUUAAUUCAAAAUAAUAAUGAUACAGAACAAACAAAUGAUACCAACAAUCAAAAAUAUUAUUUUAAUUAUAUUAAAAAUGAAAAUAAAAAUUGUGGGGAAAAUAAUAUUUUGGAACAUUCAGCUUCAAAUAAUAAUAUAGCUGCUUUACGUAGAAGUAGCGUUUCGGCUUUUGCAUCACCAAAAAAUGGAGAGGAGGAAAUUGGGAAUGAUGAUAAUUUUCACCACCCUUUACUGUCUCCUUUAUCAAUAAAUUUUCAAUCAGCUACAAACCAAGUAACUACAAAUCCAAAUAAUAUUUUUAAUAACAAAAAGGAAAUGAGUACAAAUGUUGGAAUUAAACGGCCAUUAAGUGUUAGUGAAAAUAUAAAUAUUUAA